GAGAGUCGCAAACAUACAGUGGGCCAAAUCUCAGUGUCUCUCUUUCCCUCCUUUGGAAAGCUGUUUGGCAUCUGUCACACUGAUCUGGAACAUUAGCUACCAGCUAAAUACAUACUGGAUAACUUGUUCUGUUAUACAACCUGAGUAAGAACUGCCUGCCAGGAAUACUGGGAUGAGAAAAGGAAGAAUCUAAAAUGUGCACAUGAUUCACUGGGCCAAGGAAAACAUCAGCACAGGACAGGAACCAGGACUUUGGAGGCCUGUGACCGAGUGGAGGAAUAGCGGUGUCACACAGAAUGACAACACAUUGAUUUACCUGAGCUAGACAGUCAGGAAGACACAGAGAGGAAUUAAGUGAUUGUGCUGAAAAAGUGGCUCAUUUUGGAACAGAGUGGUGAACUGAAGAAGAAGAUCGUGCAGCAGCCUGCUCUGGUUCCUUUGCUCAUAUAAAUCAGACUUUUGUUUGGGCCUAGUGUGGCCUCCUGAAGCAGUGACCAGAACCAUGAAGCUGUCAGGGAAUGUGCUGGAUCUGGACUCCACAGACUACAGCACCACCCUUGAUCCUUCCUACACCAUGCUGGAGUUUGACAACCUUAGGGUGUUUCCUGUAGAGACAGAGUUGAUGAUGCCGGAGCCUGCCCCUCUGCUGCCACAGACCAAUGGGAGCGUGUGUUCCAUAUGUGCAGACAGGGCCACAGGUAAACACUACGGUGCUUCCAGCUGUGACGGCUGCAAGGGCUUCUUCAGGAGGAGCGUCAGGAAGAACCACGCCUACACCUGCAGGUUCAGCAGGCAAUGUGUUGUGGACAAAGACAAGAGAAACCAAUGCCGUUACUGCAGGCUUCGGAAAUGUUUCCGAGCAGGCAUGAGAAAGGAAGCCGUGCAGAACGAACGGGACCGCAUCAGCAGCCGCAGAGGAGAGGGACAGGGGCUGGGCACUCUGUCAAUCAGCGUACUGUUACAGGCAGAGGCCAGCAUGCAUCAGUUUCCAGCCCUGACCUCCCCUAUGAGCUGUGACAUCAACACCAAGAAGAUAGCGCUCGUGGGGGACGUGUGUGAGUCCAUGAAGCAGCAGCUCCUCCUGCUGGUGCAGUGGGCCAAGCGCAUCCCCGAGUUCUGCAGCCUCCCCGUUGACGACAGGGUAUCCCUGUUACGAGCCCACUCUGCUGAACACCUCAUCCUAGGGGUGGCUCAACGCUCCCUGCCUUACAAUGACAUUAUCCUUCUGGGUAAUUACUUUGUGAUCCCAGUGAGCGGUCCUGAGGUGGAGGUGUCCAGGGUGGCUGCCAGGAUCCUGGAGGAGCUGGUCAAGCCUCUGAGAGAGCUGGACAUCACCAACAGCGAGUUUGCCUGCCUUAAAACCAUAGUCUUCUUCAGUCCUGACUGCCCAGGGCUGGAGGCCCCUCAGACAGUGCGGCAGCUGCGUUUCCAGGCCCAGGUGCUGCUGGACGAGGCCACCUGUGAACAGCGGGGGCGUUUUGGGGAGCUGCUGCUGAUUCUGCCCCCCCUGCAGAGUGUGGCCUGGCAGAUGGUGGAGACCCUGCAGCUGGCCAGGCUCCUGGGGGAGCCCAGCGUGGACAGCCUGCUACAGGAGAUGCUGCUGGGAGAGGGGGCCACUGGGGGCCUGGGACAACGCACAGGGCACGGUUCUAACUCAAAUGUAAUGACGUUCCCCCAACCCCAAGAUCACACCCUGUCUCGGGACCUACUAGGAGGCCAUGUCGGGUUGCCGAGCAACUUCACAUCAGUCAUCCUACCUGUCCCUAGCUCUCUGCCAGUGGUGCCUCUGGUGCCCACGCAGACUGGCACUGAGGUGUACAGACAUGGAGAGGGGGCAGACAUGCCCAUAGAGUCUGCCCACGGCAUGCCCAUGGCUCCUGUCCACACCUGCCUCUGAGAAGCAGACCAAGCAGCAGCAGCUACUCAACCAGAAAGGAGGAAAAAAAGCUGUGUGGUCUAAACAUGCUGGCACACACACACAUACACACACACACACACACACACACACACAUCCAAUCUAGCCCACGGUUGGUUUGAGUCAAAUGUUUUUUUUUGGAGGGGAGAAAAUGAUAAUGGACCUGCAGUUUCUUGACUGUGUCCAGCUCCCUGAUAACCACAGCGAGGAAAUACAACACAUUUUCAUUGCAGCCCUGACCUGGUGUUGGUGCAUCCAGGCCGUGCUACUAUAUGAUUACAACAUGAAGUAGGGGCUGUUACAUGGACACUAGUAACCCAAAAAUGGACUCUGACUCAACCAGCCAGUACUCUCCCUUAUCCACCUUUGCACAAUGCACAUUACACACAGGGAAUAUGAUCAGGAAUUGUUAUUUAUGUUAACCAUUCACUGACAAUUAAAAUCAUCAAAGCAAUAAAGACCACAGCUCAAUAGUAUGUUAUCUUUAUUAGAUCAUGGUUGGGUGAGUGAGCUGUGUUGGCAUGUUAAUUAAUCACAUAGUGAUGUGACAGUGAAGUAAGAACAAGUUCAUGUUUUUAAUUCCAUGCAGAUGUUGGUACUGUUAAACAUUUUAAAGUUACUCGUACAAAUGUUUUUUUUUAAAUGGAAAUAAAUGAAAACAAUUCAUGUGC